UUCAGUGAGCGCGUGCAUGUGGCAAACCCAUUCUCUCGCGUAUGUUUCUGAGCCUCUUGGAUUGGGAAUUAAGCACCCCUAGAAUCUAGGUGGGCGGCUGGCACACCCUCAGACUGGACCCUAGACUUUCCGUAAGGCUUCGUUUCACAGUUGAACAAUGUUUGUGAUGCUGUACCACCGUGAUACUCAGGAGUCAGAACCUUGAUUAUCAUAUUUAUAGCAGGGUAGUCGGAGUCUGCACGCAAACCCACUUAUCUCCCAUUCUAACAUCGAAUUGUGAUGGCUCAAGCAAACAAGCCCCAGGAAUUCGAGACGCUGCAGUUGCACGCUGGUCAAGUUCCUGACCCUACAACCAAUGCUCGCGCAGUUCCUAUUUACGCCUCCACGAGCUUCGUCUUUAACAGCUUUCAACAUGGCGCGGAUCUUUGCAGCCUCAAGGCUUUUGGACACAUUUAUUCUCGUAUUGGCAACCCCACUGUCGAUGUCUUCGAGGCUCGAAUGGCUGCCCUUGAAGGUGGUGUUGCAGCCGUCGCAACAGCCUCCGGUCAGUCUGCGCAAUUCCUUGCUAUAUCCACCAUAGCCAGUGCAGGUGACAACAUCGUUUCAACAUCAUAUCUCUAUGGAGGGGUAAGUCUAUUAUUUGUGGGAGUCGAGAUAACGUUCAAAAAGUUUGGUAUCGGCGUGAAGUUUGUGAAUGGCGAUGACCCAGCGCUUUUCGCAGCGGCAAUCGAUGAGAACACGAAGGCAAUUUACGUCGAGAGCAUUGGUAACCCAAAGUAUAACGUUGCGCCCAUUCCUGAGCUGGCAAAAGUUGCACAUGAUCACGGCAUCCCCUUAAUCGUGGACAAUACGUUUGGAAUUGGAGGGUACCUCAUCAAACCCAUCGAUUUGGGCGCAGACAUUGUUUUGCACAGUGCAACCAAGUGGAUCGGAGGCCAUGGAACGACGAUUGCAGGUGUUGUCAUCGAUUCGGGCAAAUUCAACUGGGCACGCUCCGGCAAGUUCCCAUCGUUCACGUCUCCCUCCGAGGCGUACCAUGGCUUGAUCUUCCACGACACAUUCGGUGCUGUCGCUUUCGCUACCAAGCUUCGCAUCGAGCUCCUCCGUGAUUUGGGUCCAGCCUUGAACCCAUUCGCCGCAUUCUUGCUCAUCCAAGGUAUUGAAACGCUUAGCUUGAGGGCUCAGAGGCACUCCGAAAACGCUUUGGCGCUUGCUCAGUGGCUGUCAAGACACGAGAAAGUCGCAUGGGUUUCUUAUCUUGGCCUAGAGAGUCACCCGUAUCACGAGAGGGCGAAGAAGCUUCUCCGCCCAAACGCCUUUGGUGGUGUUCUCAGCUUCGGGGUCAGAGGCGACGUUAGCGUGGCAGGCACGGUUGUCGACGGCCUGAAACUAGCUAGUCAUCUCGCGAACGUCGGUGAUGCCAAGACCCUUGUCAUCCACCCUGCGUCGACGACGCAUCAACAACUGAGUGAUGAGGAGCAGCUGUCUUCGGGGGUCACGCCUGAUUUGAUCCGGGUGUCCGUGGGCAUCGAACACAUUAACGACAUCAUCGCGGACUUUGAGCAGGCUUUGAGGCAAGCACCUUGA